UUCAAUUUAAAAAUCAUUUACUAGUUUUUUUAUGCUAAAAAAUUGUUUUAUUUGGUUUAAAAAUGUCUCAUUUCUCUCAAAUUGUUUUAGGAUUUGUUGCUAUCAUGGCCUUAGUGACCAUGGUAAUUGCUCAAGGUUGGACAGAUGCACAUGCAACGUUCUACGGAGAUCCGAAGGGCCGUGACACUGAAAAGGGUGCAUGUGGUUACAACACAAUCACAGAAGGGUAUGGGUUAGCAACAACAGCCCUAAGUGAAGCAUUAUUCAACAAUGGUUCAACAUGUGGUGCAUGUUAUGAAAUCCAAUGUGUAAACUCAAAAUGGUGCAAACCCGGUGCUGGAUCCAUCAAAGUAACUGCCACUAACUUAUGUCCACCCUCCACAGGCCCAUCAGCCUGGUGCAAUCUUCCCUUACAACACUUUGAUUUAACCCAGCCCAUGUUUCUUACCAUUGCUGUUUAUCAAGCUGGGAUUGUACCUGUUCAGUAUAGGAGAAUUCCUUGUGUUAAACAAGGGGGGGUUCAAUUUUUUAUGGGUGGAAACCCUAAUUUUUUAUUGGUUUUGGUUUAUAAUGUGGGUGGGGCGGGUGAUGUUACAAAUAUGAAGAUUAAGGGGGGGAGUAAUGUUUGGGUACAAAUGUCUAGGAAUUGGGGUAUGAAUUGGCAGUCUUCUGCGGAAUGGUUAGGACAAGCUUUGUCUUUUCAAGUUACUAUUAGUGAUGGAAAGAGUUUAGAGUUUGAUGGGGUUGUGCCCUCUAAUUGGCAAUUUGGUAAGUCCUAUCAAGGAAACUCUAAUUUUUAACAUGUGAUUGUAUUUUUAUAAUAUAAUAUAUAAUAUA